AUGGGUAAACGUAAAGGAAAAUGUGCUAAAAAAAACACAGCGUCAAAGGAAGCCUUAGAACCUGAAAAUUUAGUUAAAGCGCCUCAUUCUUUUGUGAUACACCGCGGAAAAUGUUCCAAAGAUCUUAUGGACUUAACGAAAGAUUUCAGAAAAAUUAUGGAACCUUUUACUGCUUCACAGCUAAAAGAACGGAAAAAGAAUACAAUAAAAGACUUUCUGUCUGUAUCAGGGUAUUUACAUGUGUCACAUAUGAUGGUGUUUACUGAAACAGAAUUGGGUUUGUACAUGAGAUUAGCUAGAAUGCCUAGAGGGCCAACACUUACUUUUCGCAUACAUAAUUACAGUCUUGCUAGAGAUGUGAUAUCUUCUUUGAAGAAGCAGUACGUAAUAUCAAGAGCCUUUCAGAAUGCACCUUUAAUAGUUCUUAAUAGCUUCUCUGGAGAAGGCAUGCAUAUGAAACUUAUGGCUACAAUGUUCCAAAACAUGUUCCCCACUAUCAAUAUUACUACUGUAAAAUUAAAGAAUAUUCGCCGAUGUGUGCUUAUGAACUAUAAUCCCUCCACAAAACUAGUAGAUCUGCGACAUUAUGUUAUAAGAGCAUCACCAGUGGGACUAAACAAGGGCACAAAGAAGAUGGUGCAAGGGAAGAUACCAAAUUUAAAUAAAUGUAAAGAUAUGUCGGAAUUUUUUGACAAGGCAGCUCUACUGUCCGAGAGCGAGUUUGAAGAUGACAACAACCAGGUGGUGCUCCCGCAGUCGCUGGCUUCGCGUGGGGCCUCCGCGCAGACGCGUUCCGCCUUGCGCCUCGUGGAAUUGGGCCCGAGGAUGUCUUUGCAACUCAUCAAGGUAGAAGAUGGUCUAAUGGAUGGAGAGGUUCUCUUCCAUGAGCUCGUUGAAAAAACUGAAGAAGAGAAAGCGUUAAUUAAAAAGAAACGAGAAGAAAAGAGGCGACUGAAGGAGAAGCGUAAAGCUCAACAAGCGGAGAACGUGAAGCGGAAAGAGAAGGAAAAAGAAGAGUUGAAACAGAAAGCACUAGAAGGUAUCAAGAAGAAGAAAGAAUUGACAGAAAAUCAAAGAUUAAUGGAACUGACAGCAGCUGAAACCCAAAAUGCGUCAGACAUGGAGCAAGAAGACAACGACGCAGACUACUACAGAGAGGAAGUAGGCGCAGAGCCCGAACAUGAUCUCUUCAGUCAAAAUCCCGCAAGAAAACGGAAAACUGACGAAGAUGGCGAAGCGCGAGGUUUCAAGAAGAUGAGAUUAGACAAGAAAUUGCAAAAGAAGUAUCAAAAAAGCCAAGAUAUAGGUUCAAAGGAUCACAAUAAUCAAGGCAAACGAAAGUUCCAGAACAGAAAAGAUGGCGGCUUUAAUAAAGAUGAUAAAAGGAAAAGAUUUAAAGACCAGGAUGAGUUUAAAAAUCAAAAAAGGAAUCAAAAGCAGUCUGGCAAAAAUAAAAAAGUUUUUGGCGGAAAAUUAAAUAAAAUGAACAAAGGCGGCAAAAAGCAAGGAAAAGGUGGGAAAGGGAGGAAA